UGACGUCCUAUACAGCAGCGAUGAUGGACCUCUCGACCGGCUGCUCGAUCUCUCAGGCCUCGCCUUCUCUUCAGCUGCCGCCGAGUCUCGCAACCGACGAGAAGCACACCUUGCCAACUAUGAGCAGUGCCGACUUUCAAGCCAGACCUCGCCGCAUUCUGGGAAAUCACCCCGAAAAUCACCCCAUGUUUCCAAUGUGGGGGAUAUCGCCAUCUCCUGUUCCACCGAGCCUAGUGUGCUCGACGUUGACGGACUUGCUCCCCUCAAGAGCGUAGUAACGGACACCGGCCCCAGCUCUCCGCCCUCUGGACCACGUUCCCCGCGCGCUUGGAGAGCAACACUAUCCAUCAGGGGUAUGACUUGCACGUCCUGUUCCCGCACCAUCGAAGAGGAACUCGGCCGGAGACCAGGCGUCGCCCACGUUACCGUCAACUUGGUGAACAACAGAGCCACCGUGGACAUUACAGACGAAAUGGAAGCCGACUCCCUUGUCCGAGCGGUUGAGGACUUGGGCUAUGAAGCUGUGUUCGAAGGUUGCGUCGAGCUGGGCGAGGAGACCAAAUCUCGCAAAGAGGAGAAGGGGGCCACGCAAUGGCGAUGCGUCCUUGCCGUCGGUGGCAUGACAUGUGCCUCCUGUGCCAAUACCAUCAACGCCGAGUUGAACAAGAGAGACUGGAUAUCGAAUGUUACCGUGAAUCUGAUCGCCAACAGCGUCGUCGUCGACUUCGCCAUCAAAGGGAAGGAAAAAGACAUUGCCAAGGCCAUUGAGGACAUCGGCUACGAUGCCACCAUAGCCUCCGUGGAGCAACUGGAAUCCCAUUUCGAGACCGCCCAGCAAAGGGAAAGGGUCGUCCAGAUCUCCGUCGAUGGGUUGUUCUGCAAACACUGCCCCGGCCGUCUCGUGCACUCCUUGACAGCCUUCAAGCCUAACCUCGAAAUCCUAUCGGAGCCCACCAUCGAGAACCCCAAGCUCAAGAUCAAGUACGUCCCCGAUACGCCCACCUUCACCAUUCGCCGAAUCCUUUCCGCCAUCGAGGCCACCGAUCCGGCCUUUCACGCCUCGAUAUACCAUCCGCCGACCCUGGAGGAGCGAUCCAAAGCCGUGUCAGCGCGUUACCAACACCAGCUGCUGCUGAGGGUAAUACUGAGCCUCAUCGUCGCCGUGCCGACCUUCAUCAUCGGCAUCGUUUACAUGAGCCUCCUUCCGGACAGCAACCCCGGCAAACACUACCUGAUGAGUCCCUGGAUGUCUGGCAUCAGCCGAAUCCAGAUUGCUCUCUUCAUCCUCGCGACACCUGUCUACCUCUUCGCCGCCGAUGUCUUUCACAUCUGUGCAAUAAAGGAAUUGGUGAACCUAUGGAGACCUGGAAGCAGGACGCCCAUUUUACGUCGGUUCUACAAUUUCGGGAGCAUGAACUUGCUUAUAUCGCUCGGGACCACCAUCGCCUACAUAUCAUCCGUCAGCCAAAUGAUCGCGGCAGCCGUCCAGAAGCCGGAAAAGGCCGAGGAUGAACACUUCUACUUCGACUCGGUCGUGUUCCUGACGCUGUUUCUGUUGCUGGGCCGUCUCAUCGAGGCAUACAGCAAAGCGAAAACCAGCGACGCGGUGGAGAUGCUUGGCAAGCUGCGGCCGAGUACGGCCAUCCUCGUCGAGAGGGACGAUCGCGGUCGGGUGUCGGACUCGGUCGUCGGUGUCGAUUUGGUGGAGUUUGGCGAUACGAUCCGGAUCCCUCACGGCGCGUCCCCCGUCGCCGACGGUGUCGUCCUCCAAGGCGAGACCAGUUUCGACGAAUCGAGCUUGACGGGCGAGUCCCGCCCCGUCAAGAAACGUCCCGGCGACGACCUGUUCGCCGGGACAGUCAACAAGGGGCCCGCAGUCCUUAUGCGCGUAACUGGCGCGGCGGGGCGAUCUAUGCUCGACCAAAUCGUACAAGUCGUGCGCGAAGGCCAGACCAAGCGUGCUCCCAUCGAGCGCGUGGCGGACAUGCUGACGGCAUACUUCGUGCCCAUUAUCACGCUCUUCGCGAUUCUGACUUGGGUGAUCUGGACAGUCCUGGCUCACACCGGUGUGCUCCCGGACCACUACAUCGACACCGAGAGCGGCCGGGUCGCCUUCGCCCUCCAGUUCGCCAUUGCCGUUUUUGUCGUCGCCUGUCCCUGUGGUCUGGGCUUGGCCGCGCCGACGGCCAUCUUCGUUGGAGGUGGUCUCGCCGCCAAGUAUGGCAUCUUGGCCAAGGGAGGCGGUGAAGCGUUCGAAAAGGCUAGCAAGAUUGAGGUCGUCGUGUUCGACAAGACAGGCACUCUGACCGUGGGCGGUGAGCCGAAGAUCACCGAUGCCAUCAUAUGUCCCGAAGCAUUGGAAGAAGCACUGGUUACACAGGGCCGGAGGAGCACGCUGCUUGCGAUCCUCAAGGAAAUAGAAGGGAACAGCAGUCACCCCAUCGCAAAGGCCAUCGUCUCUUACUGCACCUCCGAAAUCUCGGGGGCGGGGAAACAGGUCCUAGUCCAAGUCGUCGACGUGGAGGAACUGCCAGGCAAGGGCAUGAAAGCCACGUGGAAGAGGAAUGCACCAGAAUGCACCUUGGACUUAAUUGUGGGCAAUGAGUCGCUCAUGCGUGACUACUCGGUGCCUAUUCCCCAGCACAUCGCGGCCCAGCUGGAGGGGUGGAAGCUGGAAGCCAAGUCGGUAGCCCUCGCGGCAAUUCGCAACACGACAAUUCAUAACGCGACAGCAGAAGCGAAGGGAUCCGAAACCGACGGGUAUCACCGACAGUGGCAGCUAGCAGCGGCGCUUUCCAUCUCCGACCCCAUCCGCCCGGAAGCCCAAGCCAUCGUGCGCACGUUACAGAACCGAGGUACGCGCGUCUGGAUGCUCUCGGGCGACAACGCGGUGACAGCGCGGGCGGUAGCCUCGCAGGUGGGCAUCGGACCGUCCAACGUGCUAGCCGAGGUGCUCCCCUACCAAAAAGCCGAGAAGAUCACCUACCUGCAGUCGACGCUCAAGGCCGCCGCGGGCCGCGGGGCAGGCAGGGUGGCCGAGGGAGGAGGUGGUGGUGAUGACGACACGGCUGCACGACGUGCGAUGGUGGCCAUGGUCGGGGACGGGAUCAACGACGCGCCGGCGCUGACGCGGGCCGAUGUGGGCGUGGCCAUCGGGAGCGGGAGCGACGUGGCCAUCUCGAGCGCGGAUUUUGUCCUCGUGUCGAGCGAUCUCGGCGCCGUGGUGACGCUGCUUGAGCUCAGCCGCGCCGUGUUCCGCCGCAUCCGGCUCAACUUUGGUUGGGCCGUCGUCUAUAACAUGCUGGCGCUGCCCGUGGCCGCCGGCUGCCUUUACCCGCUAACAACGUCGUCCGGGAAGCACAUCAGAUUGGACCCGGUGUGGGCGGCGCUGGCCAUGGCGCUGAGCAGCAUCAGCGUCGUCUUGAGUUCGUUGGCCUUGAGGUUGAGGAUUUCGUGGAUCGGGUUCCGGAGAGGUCACGCUUGAUGUGGAAAAGGAGUAUUGAGGGAUUUUGUCUUGGACGGAGUUAUGCUGGAGGUUAAACCCCGGAUAUGUAUCAUAUAAUUAAGGGCUCUUCGUUGACUUUAGAUCGGGAUUUGCUAGCAAUUACGAAC